AGAGUGACUAAUGAACACUUGCAUGGCAAGAAAUUGAAGAAAAACUGGUGCACCUAAGGUCAUAUGUUCCCUUUGUUGAACGUAUGAUCACAAAGCUUGAGGCUCGCUCGCAACAAGUUGGUUCAAGAAAUAACCAGUUAGAACGGCUUCAGGGCCUCCACAGAUUCCUAACAACACCUGUCCCAAGAGCACCAAGGAUGGAGAUGCUAGAGAAAAUGGAAGCUGUUAUCCGCAACAUGCAUGAAAAAGUUCAAAAGGCCACAGGGAAACCUGAACCUGGGCCAUCUGCUCCCCCAAGACCGCCAAGCCACGGAGCCAGCCCAGGCCAAAGAACUCCAAGUCCCAAUAUUAGUUCAAGCCACAGACCUAUGGUUGGCCCACAUUCCAAUCCUGGUAGUGGGUCUAGCCAAGGUCUGGGUUUGACCCAUGGAUUAGGACCAACCUUAGGUCUGAACGUGAACCAAAACUUUAGUCAUAAUCAGGGUGGUGGAGGGGCGUAUGACAGUAAUCGUGCAGCAAGUUCAGGUCUCAAAGUGCCACAAGGACUAAGCCCUAGUUUGGGUCACAGUAGUGGAAAUAGACCAGCAUAUGGACAUGGCUCAAGUCAGCAAGCUCGGUCUUUCCCUGCAAGGUCUGGGUCAAGUGAGUGGCAGAGUUCUAGAGACAGUGGAAGUGAGCGCAGGGAGAAAGAUAGAGGGAGGGACACGGAGUAUGGUGAUAGAAGAGAUAGAGGAGCUGAAAUGUCAAGAGAAAGCAGCUAUGAUAGAAAUCGAGGGAGAGAUGGGGACCGCAGUCAGUCUCGGCACUCAGAUAGAGGUAGAGACCGGGAGUCAGACAGAAGUCGAGAUCGAGAUUCUGACAGGAGUAGAACAAAAAGUUAUGACAGAAAAAGAGAAUAUGAUAGACACAGAGAUCUUGAUAGAAGUGGAAGUAGAGAUGGAAGAAGUCGAACUUCUGGUGACAGAGAACACGAUAGAGGGAGAGAGAGACGAGGCAGCUCUAGAGAACAUGAACGUGAUAAAAGUCGUGAAACAAGUAGAAGUUUAAGUUCCCGUGAAAGAGAAUAUGAUAGGGAGAGGGACCGAGACUCCCACCACCCUCAGCGUCAAAGGAGCCUUACAGAGCAAGAAUAUCAAGAUGAUGGAAAGCAUUCAUCAAAAAGAAAUAGCUUGCUGGACCUCCCUAUGCCUCCAUCUCUGUCAAACACAGAUGUACUUCCAUCUGUGAGGGGAACAGGAAAUGCUUCACCCCAGGAUGCUGAAAUGUUAAAAGGUUCAAGAGGAAAGUUCCAAAAACUCUUUGGAGAACCUUCAGGGCCAUCAGAGGACGAAAGUCAUUCAUCUGGUGCCAUGUUGGAUAAAAGGGGCUCAUUAAGAACUCACUCUGGAAGUUGGAGGGAUGAGGUUCGAGCAAGAGGAGAUUCUUUCUUCUCACAUAAAACCUCUAGUGAUUGUCCAUUCCCAAGACUUCCAGGUCUUGGUCAAGAAGAUGCAACUGCUAGAACUUCUUUUCAGCCUAAUGAGGUAAGGGAUCAUAGUCACAGUGGUAGUGGUAGUAAUUUUCAAGAACAGGUACAUUGGAGAGUAAGUAGUUCUCAGUCAAGUACUUCUCACAGCACUAGUUUUCCACAAACUUACCCUCAGAGAGGAAAACAGUCAGAUGUGCCAGAUACACCCAUGUCACCAGAUGAGUCGUCUUCCCAUGGGUUUUUUUCAACAGACACACCACAGUCACCUGACAUGGAUGCUUCUUUUAGCCCUGUUCCCGCAGCAGAUGAAACCACUCCUGUGAAGACUAUUCCACUUGAAAGUAUUAGUCAGGCAGGUGUGGAUUUGGAAAAUAUUAAAAAAGCCCUUGCACAAAUACGUGCACAGUCCAGUUCUAGUUCUAGUUCUGGUCCAUCUUACCGGUACGAGGACUUUGUUGGACCUGCAGGAAAGUCAAAUUCAGAGGAUGAGCCUUAUGAUCCAGAAGAAGUGUGGAAUAACCAAGAUGCUGAGGCAAAUAAAAUAAGAAGGCCAGUUGUUAGUACACCUCAGGUGCCUGUGAUUUCUGGUCGCUCUGAUACUGAUCUGCGGCAGAUUCAUCGCAGUUUGCUACCACUACCUCAUACCUAUCAGGCCAGACCACAUGGAAAUGAAAGUGUGAAAAGUGGGGGAAGAGUUGGGCCACAAGCACCAUUUAACCAGAAAAUACCUGAAUCAGGAAAGAUGGCAACAAACACCAUUGGUUCAAUACCUUUACCACACAGACAGGCUAACAGUAGUCAGCCCAUGGUUAGCCAAGGAAACCAGUCUUUAGGGACCAAUCUUGUAGCAACUUCUGGUGUUGGUUUCUAUAAAGAUACUAGCAAUGUUAGGCCUUUAGAUCCCCGAAGCAGAGAAAGCAGUGGGGAUAUUGAUAUGCGAGUUUCACAGCCACCCUUACCAAAAACACAACCCGCACUUCCAAGAACUCAGCCAUCAUUACCUAUAACUCACCUGCCACCCCCACCUUUGCCCAAAACUUUGGAUCCACCAGCAUCAGAGGUUGAUGUCAAUUUGCUCAAAGCCAGUCAGCCACCAUUACCAAGUUCACCACCCUUACCAGCUAAACCUAUCCAACCACCUUUACCAAAAACUCAGCCUCCAUUGCCAAAGUCACCUCCACCACAAUCACCAAGUCCCUUUGCAUCAGCUAAGGAUGAUAGUGAAGGACAGAAAAGAUUAGAUAGUAUUCGUGCACGACUUGCACAUGGUGCUGGAGAAUUCAUUAAGCCAGGACAAAGAGGAGUGGCUGCUUCUCAGAUGGAAAAAUACAAGUUGAAGAGACAGUUAAGUGGUUCAAGAGAUACAAAACCACACACCUCACCUUCUUUGACUAAAGAGUAUUCAGGGAAAACUGAUUCACAAGCAAAAGGAAAAGAUCCUGUGUCAGUUCUUGAUAUACUUUUACCAGAAAAUUCAUCAAGUAUGGAAACAACAGAAGACAUUGCAAAAGAUAUACAGCUAGCACAGGAAUCCUCAGCAAGAGACCCACGAUUUAAACCACAGCAGGAACCACAACCUGCAAAGGACAAAAUUACAAGCUUAUCUCAUGCUCGAGAUCCAAGGUUAUCAACAACUUCCUCAUCAUCAGUUACAAGAGAUCCAAGGCAGCAGAUGAAUAGAGAUCCAAGGCAAGAUACUGGAGUCUUCCCAGGAAGAGAAAACAGGGGUGAUAUCAAUAGAUUUUCUUCAAAUAUAGUAAGAGAUCCUCGACAAGAUUCAGCCAAAUAUGCUCCUGUUGUUCCUCAACUGCCUCGAGAUCCAAGGCAGGAGGCGGGUAGAUUUACACCAGGAGCACCAAGUGGAGGUUGGGAUUCCAGACAUGAGCCUAAUCAAUAUCCAGUUCCAGUAUCAGGAAUUAGAGGGCAUUCUGGUUUCCCUAAUCCACCAGUAGCUCCAAACAGACUUGAACCUGGCUCUUUUACUGGAGUUGCUAAUGCAGGGCCCAGGGAUCCUCGGCAGGAGACCAGAACUUUCCCAAACGUGUCCUUACCACAAUAUAGAGAUCCACGAAUGGCAUCCAGAGUUGAAAGACCUCCAGGUGCUAUGUGGAAUCAACAACCAACUCCACCACCACCAGCUCCAAUGAGCUUCACUCCAGUUCCAAGCUCAAGUGGACCAGUUGUUAGUAAUGACCUUGUAGAUCCUAGUCCUACCCAAUCUGCAAGUGGUUCAUUGAUUGGCCAGACUUUUACUUGUUUAAUGAUGCGUGGGUUACCCCCUUUUGUCCAUUCCAAUCACAUAUAUCGUUUCUUUUCUGAUUAUAUAUUGAGGGAUAUGUCACUAGAGCUGGAUAAUCAUUAUAAUUGUAAAGGGACAGCCUAUAUUCAUUUUCCUAGUCAUGCUAGCGCUCGAGAAGCUCUAGAACAAAUGAAUGGGCAGCUUUUAAAUGGCUAUCCAAUAUCUCUCAGGAUAUGUACUGUUGGAAUCUUGCGACAAGCUAAGAAUAUGUACGAACAGCUGAAUAGGGAUAGAGAAGCCCAGCUUGGUAUUCCUGAAAGACCAAGAGGAAAUGGAAAUCCAUUCUUUAAGCCAAAACCAAAAGAACCAAAAGAACCUGCACCCAAACCAGUGACACCCACCACUAAUGUACCAACUCCAGCUGCUACUGAAAAGCCCUCUGUAGCUGAUACACAAGUUUCUGAACCUGCUAAUUCUGAGAGUGUUGGGUCGUCUGUGCCGUAUUCAGAAUUGUGUGGGGUUAAAGUUACUCCUAAAACAUCAGUUGGAAAGUCAAACUUCAAGAUUCCAAAGAUUAAGAAAGCUGUGCCAGAAUCAAAAUCAUCUAAGAGUGAGACAGACUCAAGCAAGGAAGGCACUGAGAAGAAAACCAAAGAACAUGAUAAAAAAUCUGCUGGUCAAAUUAAAGCUUCUAAAUCAGCUGCUGAUGACUCAUCAGACUCUGAUGAAUUAAUUAAACGUAAAACUCUAACAAAGAAGAACAGAAAAUUCAAGAAGAUAAUAAUUGAGUCAGAUUCAGAUUCUGACAUAGAAGAGACAAAGAAAGCCCCUCAGAAGGAGACUACAAAGUCUGGUUCUGGUUUGAAAAAUCAUAUGGAUGAAGAUGAUGAUGAUGAUGAAUGUUUCAUGGUUAUUGAUGAGACUGUUGUUUCUGACACAGAAGAGACUGAAGACUCAGAGGUAAAUUCUUUGACAACAGAUGAUUCUAGUAGUCAGUCAAGAAGUACCAAAACAAAGGAACAAAAACAGACAAAAGUAAAGAAAACUAGAGGUCGUGCUACAAAAGCAAAGCCAAAGAAGAAGUUGGUUGAAACAAAGAGAGGCAAGAAGAAAGGACAGUUAAAGAAGGAUCCAGUCCCUAGGAAAGGAAGGGGCAAGAAAGCUGUUGACAAACUUCAAGACAAUACAUUUAAAUCAGAACUGGACUUGCAUUCUGCUGUUGGAAUGAAACUAACCCGCCAGACUCAAGGUGAACUAGAAGAAUUGAUCAAAGAAAAAACAAAGCUGAAGGUAGUCAUCCCAGUACCACAUAGGUAUGUUGUUAAUAUUUUUGAUGAUGAUAAGUUGAAGAAGCGGGGUGGCAGAAGACAGACUGUUGAAGUUCAUUCCAGUGUUGCUGUAGCAGCCAAAGAGCCAGAAGUGCCUGCUGUAUUGGAAAAGAAAGUAAAAACUGUUGAAAAAGCUACAUUAGAUGUAUCUGUUGUGGUUGAGAAAUUGAGUGUUGAGCAAUCAGAGGUCUUAAAUUACCGACAGAUCAAAGCAAAGAUUUUCCAAAAAACAUUGCAUGUUCUUGCAAUACCAACAGCUAGAAAAGGAAAGAAAAGAACUCUUUCACAUACUGGAAAUAGUGGAGAUAACAAAAGACAGAAAUUUGGAUCUUCCGGUUUUAGUAAAGGACAACCAAAAGAGGAUAGUAAUAUCAGCAAAGAAACUGGAAAAAGGCAUAGAACUACACCAUCAAAAGGUCAGCCAACAAAGAAGUCAAAAUUGGACUCCAGUGCAGAAAAACAGUCCACAUCUGAAGCUGCAGGAAACUGGAACAAAGUACUCACAACUACAGAUUUGUUUGACAGUAACACAUCCUCAGAUGAUUUACCUGACUUGACUCAAAUAACACCAAGUUUGUUAGAUGUUGAUCCAACAAUCACCAGUGCUCUGCCAGAUGCAACUGUCCUGGCAAGUGUUCUCAGUCCCCCACAUGUUACAAGUCAGACUUCUGAAGGUAGUUUCCUUAGUGGAGUUGACUCUGAUGGUGAUAGUUCACCUGGGAAACUACAGAUUGUUGAAAGUGAUCAGAUAAGUAAGGAUUACCAGCUUUUAGAUGAGAUAAUCAGAAAUGAUAGUAAAGAUAAAGAAAAAGACUCAUUGGAAGAAAUGAUUGAUCAAAAUGCAGAAAAGAGAAAAGUUGAUGCAAAACCAAAUCAGGAUGAUGCACAAAAGGUCAGUAGUGAAUCGAAAGUAGAUAGUGUAAGUAGCAGUGAGCAAGAAAAAGCCGGAGAUAUAUUUGAUCAAGUCCAAACUAGUUCUGCUGUAGUUGAUGGUAAACAUAAAAGACAAGAUAGUUCUUCAAGCAAUACAAGUUUGAUUAGAAAUACAGAUGGUGAGGAAGAAAAAGAGGGUUUACAUCUAUGCUUGUCAGAGGGAGGGAAUGAUGAGACUUUAGGACAUAAUGAAGAAAUUGAUGAAGGUGAUGAUACUGCAAGUGUUGGCAUGGUGAGCACUAGCAGCUUGGUUGAUGAUGCAUCUAUUAUCUCCAGUGAAGGCCGAGAGUUAAAGACUCCAGACUCCGGGGCAUCAAGAAAGACUAAGAGAUCAAAAAUGGUGCAUAUACCCCCAGAGUUGAGAAGGGUAACCAGGGGAUCUGUAGUGGAACCUCUGUUCAUUGAAGUGAUUGAGUGGGAUGAUGGAGGUGUAGUUGAUUUGUUCCAGUGUGACCUUUGUGAUUAUGUGGGCAGGCAUAUGGCAUAUCAUUUGGUCAAUUUCCACAUUGAAAGAGAAAUGCCAUGUGAAUUCAAGAAAGAAGAUUUUCCCCCUGUGAUUAAGGACCAUGUAGGACCACCAAAGGUUCCAGAAGACAAGAAAGAUGUAUCACUAGAUUUGUCAUGGAUACCAACAAGUAUGACAUUUGAGAAAAGUGUUACCUGUAAUGAAUGUGAUUAUAUAUCAAACAGUCGAUUUGACUUGGUUUACCAUGUAUUGGAACACAAACCCAUGGCAGCACAUUGUGUAUAUCACUGUCGUCUUUGUAAUUAUAUGUCAGAACACUUGGAACAUUUUUACAAUCAUGUAAGUAGUCAUACUGGAGAGUACAGAUACAGAUGUGAUCUCUGUGGUGAGAGAACAUACAAAAAAUCGCUAUUACUAGCACAUCAUAAAGAAUGUCAUCAUAAUCAACUUGAAAAGUUUUCCAUAUCUGAAAUGAUUCUAGAAGAUGGUUGGCCAUAUAUUCAUGUAUGUAAAACUUGUAUGUUUGUCAGAAUAGCUCAGAAGGCAGCAGAAGAUCAUGUACAAAAUCGCCAUAAUGGAAAAGCAGAUAUUCACAAAGCAAACAUGACUAGACCUGUUAUUUUAUAUUCAGAACAAUGGAAGUCAAAGGGGGAGAUGGAAAACAUUGGUCCACGUGGAAAGCCAAAGGGAAGGAAGAGAAAGAAAGGCAAACGAGGUCCAGACCUAGAAGUGUUUGUAGGGGAGGGAGGUGAAGAGGAAAUGGAGGAAGAAAUAGAAGUGAGGGCAAAACAGCUGGUAGAUAGAAUAGCAUCUAAUAUUCACACAACCACAUCAACGGAAGAAGCUAUAAAGAGAAUGUCUUUACUGAACUCAAUAAGUAAAAAAUUAGAUGAAGAGGAGGAGGAGGAACAGGAGGAGAUAUCAGCAAAUAUAGGGACAUCAGCCGAGGUAACAUCUAGCAUUACAUCACCUUCACCAUCUUCCAUAUCACUAACUUCACAAGAAAUAUCAUCAGUGACAACAGUAGCAGCAACAGCAGGAGCAGGAUCAGCAACAGAGGACAAAUCUAAGGAAAGAGGCUUUCAAGAUGCAUCAGAAUCUGAAGUAAACACUACCAGUUUAGAAAAUCAAGAGUCAUCUGAAAAAAGUUCCGUCACAGAUAGUGCAGUUGAAAAGGAUGGAGAAGAUGUAAUGAUGGAGGAAGAUGGAAACCUUGGAGAUAAUUCAGAGAGUGACAGUGAAUCGACUGUGAGUGCUUUAGACCCAGAUAUCUUUGAAGAUUUGUCAUCAGGGAAAACAGGAUCAUUGCAGGAAACAAUUAGGAAGCUCUCAGCAACUUUGGGAGAGAGUGUCAAAGGAAAACAAAAACCAGCAGAGCAGGUAGUGAAAGAGCCAGGUGUGAAAGAGCCAGAUGUGAAAGAACCAGAUGUGAAAGAGCCAGACGCAAAAGAGCCAGAGGGAAAAGAGCCAGAGGGAAAAGAGUCAGUGCAGAAAAUUGAACGUAGAGGCUCUGGAGAUACCCAUGAUAGUGAUUCUGAUGUUUUAGUGAUUUGUGAAGAUGAAGAUGCUGAUGGUCGUGAAGAAGCGCCAAAGUCAGAGCAACACAGCCAGCCAGAGAAAACGUCGAAUCAGGAAGAGAAUGCUGAAACUAAAACACCCACAACUGCUGUAUCAGUUCCCACCAGUACCUCAGAAGAGCAGGAGACAAAGAAAAUGCCAAAGUUGAGAAUCCGUCCAGCACAUCAGCUCUUGGAUUUGAGAUAUUCUUCCAAGGACACACCGCCAUCAGCAAAGAUAUUUAGAUGUGCAGUCACCAAUUGUGGAUAUACCAGCGUCAAGCAUACAGAUCUCAUUAACCACAUCAUCUCUGCUCAUGGACCUUAUAAAUGCAUUGCUUCAGGCUGCACUUUUGUUACACAGUCCCGGGAAUUAUUCAGUAUGCAUCUAACAACACUACACCCCAAGCUCAAUUUCCUUGUGUGCCCAUUCCACUGUCAGAAUAUUUUCUACAAAUGCUCCGAUCUUGUGGACCACCUCACAGAAUAUCAUGCAACCGUUGAAGUUGCGAAUGAGAGCCAGGGAGCAAUCAGCACAGAAGCGGAGACUCUUAGGAAGGGUGAGUCAGCCUUAUUCUUCUGCAAAUGCAUGUUUGUGUUUUGUUUUGUGUACGCUGCUUGUAUAGGUUUCCUGCUUGCAAGAUCAUGGAGAAAGGGAUUUUUUAAGGAAGGUUUCUGUCAUGGAGAAAGGGAUUUUUUAAGGAAGUUUUCUGAAGACGCUUUUAUUUCCUUUUUGCACUUUGCCCUACAUGCACUGUCAACUAUCGUUUGUUUUAUUAAGUCUUACACACAAAAACACAUAAUAUCUUCUUUUCUAAAGAGUCGGUAACUAAGCCAGUCUGACCUCAUAUCUUAGUCCUUGAAUUAAUUAUUAUUAUAAUUAUAAAUAUUAUUAUUAUUAUUAUUAUUAUUAUUAUUAUUAUUAUUAUUAUUAUUACAAUAACAGCAUUAAAAACACUACUGAUAAUGAUGAAAAUACAAAUUGUUUCCUAAAUAUCAGUUUGACAAGAAUCAGCAACUUAUUGGUGAUUAAUCAGUUGUGGAGCUAUCAAUGGGUAAAAAAUAAUAUUCACACCCAAACAUAAUGGACAGUACAAGUAUUCAUGCUUUCUGGGUAUCAGUGGAUGAAUAUAGGUGAAAAAAAAAAAAAAAAAAAAGUGUCCACAUGCACAUACACAGGAAAAUUAGGAUGUAUACUUUAUGUUCACUAGCUCCCACAGUUCCAUGUAAAGCUAUCUAGCUAGCGGACUAGAUAUAUACAGAUUUAGAUAAAGAUAUAGAUAUAGAUAUAGAUAUAGAUAUAGAUAUAUAAAGAUAAAGAUAU